GUUCUGCCUUCUGCUUUCUCUCUCUCUCUCUCUCCUCAUCUUCAUUAUCGGUUAUCGGUCUCUCUCUUUUUGACAGCACGCGACUAAUCAGCGUGGAAAAGCAUCGGAUUCGGUGACACGUUCUCGGCGCGUUCGCUCGAAAUUUCGUGCCCCGUUAAAUCUCUUAGCUGUUAAUCGUCACGUAGACUCUGUCCGAAUAGGAAUCAUGAUUUUCCGAUAUCAAAGAUCAAGUGAUUAUAAUCUACCGUAGUCGUCGUCGUCGUCGUCGUCGUCAUCGUCGUCGUCGUUCGACCGAUGUGAAAAAAAGGAAAGAAAGGGAGGUAUACGUCAAUGCUGUUCGUCCGUACCGUUAGAACGCAUAAUGGAAAUAACGAAGUUGAACUUUUCCACGGAAACCAUGCUAUUCUCGACAUUAUUUUUUCUAAUUAUAUUAACAAGCUUUAACGUCAACGUCAAUGGCAAUUAUUUUGGAACUAAUGCACAUAAAGACGAUCAGUGUUUUUGCAAGUUAAAGGGAUCGAUUGAUGAUUGUAGCUGUAAUGUUGAUACAGUGGAUUAUUUUAACAAUGUAAAAAUAUAUCCUAGAUUGCAAAGUCUUUUACUAAGAGAUUAUUUUAGAUUUUACAAAGUAAAUUUAAAGCAAGAAUGUCCUUUUUGGGCUGAUGACAGUAAAUGUGCUAUACGUUAUUGUCAUGUACAACCUUGUCAUGAUGAUGAUAUUCCAGAAGGAUUAAAAGGAGAAAUUCCAAGAAAUUUACAUUUUAACGAAAGUCCUGCAGAUAAAUAUAAAUUAUCUCUACAACUAGCAAAUUGUAAUCAAAAUGCGAAAGAUCAUAAUAUGGAGUUGGGUUAUCUAAAUACCACUAUUAGUUCAGAAAAUUAUAAAGAAUUUGAACGUUGGCAACAAUAUGAUGAUGCUCAAGAUAAUUUUUGUGUGAAAGAAUCUAGUCCUGGUGAAUAUGUAGAUCUUUUACUUAAUCCUGAGAGAUACACAGGAUAUAAAGGACCAAGUGCGCAUAGAAUAUGGCGAAGUAUUUAUAUGGAAAAUUGUUUUAGACCUAAAAAUUCUCCUCAUAAUUUUAUACAAUCUUCUAAGAUAAAUGGAAUGUGUUUAGAAAAGAGAGUUUUCUAUCGUGUUAUAUCAGGCUUGCAUGCAAGUAUUAAUAUUCAUUUAUGUUCAAAAUAUCUAUUAUCUUCACAAGAUUGCUUAAAUAUUGUAUCAAGUGCAAAAUGGGGCCCUAAUCUGUCAGAAUUACAAAGGCGAUUUUCGUCUGAAACAACUGGUGGUGAAGGACCUAAUUGGUUGAAAAAUUUAUAUUUUAUUUAUUUACUUGAAUUAAGGGCUCUCGCUAAAGCUGCACCUUACUUAAAAAGAGAAGAAUAUUAUACUGGUAACGACGUGGACGACAAAGAUACUCGUCUAGCUAUAAACGAUGUCCUACAAAUUGUUCAAUCGUUUCCUGAACAUUUUAAUGAAACAGUCAUGUUUUCUGGAGGUACUCAUGCACAGAUAUUAAAAGAAGAAUUCAGGCAACAUUUUAGAAAUAUUUCACGCAUAAUGGAUUGUGUUGGAUGUGAUAAAUGUAAACUGUGGGGUAAAUUGCAAAUACAAGGUUUAGGAACAGCAUUAAAAAUUCUGUUCUCUGGGAAAUUUGAUAAAUGGGAGCCGACCCUUCAUAAUUUUACUAGAAAGCAAUUCUUCUUAGAAAGAAGCGAAAUCGUAGCUCUUAUUAAUGGAUUUGGAAGAUUAUCAGAAAGUAUAUUUGAAUUGGAUAAAUUUCGACAAAUGAUGAGAUAGCAUAGCAAUAAUUAGGUAAUGAUUUUUUUAAGUACUACGGCAAGACACAUCACAUUAUUUAAUUAGCUUUCCAUGGAAAUAACUAUGUUGUAAGAUUUAUGAAUUGUUACAAUUGUUUUUCACACUCGUAUAUCUUUAUUAACAUUGAAUAUGAAAUCGCAAUAGAAGUUAUUCAGAUUUCUGUGUAAAUAAUCUUCUGUUAAUCUUAUAUUUGAAGCAAGAAAAAGAAAAGUAGUUAGUGUAUUAUUAUAACUUUAGAUAUAAAAGUACAAUUGUUUAAAUGCUCAAUAUUUCUACAUGACAAUUUUACAAAGAUAAAUAUAUAUCCAUCUGUCCUUGUAGUUUCUAUUCAUAAAGUUGAUUUCAUUGCGAUUUCAUUUUAAAGUUAAACUCUGUCUGUGAUAAAUAUCUACUAUAUAACACAUAUAUUUCUGUAAUAAUUUCUUUAUAAUUUAUCCUGAAGAAUUCAUAUUUCAAAAAUCUUCCUAUACUUUUACAACAAGUUAUAAUAUGACAAUUACGUUAGCAAUUUUUUUAUAUUAUACUAUUUUCAAAUAUAGUAAAUUAUGUUGUAAAGAAAAUGACCAAUAUUUGUAACAUUGACAUUUUGAUUAUUGAAAUGGAGAACUAAUGUAAGACAUGCAAGUACUUCAUUGGCUUUGAAAAUAUGUACAACAAAAAUAAUUUAUUUUUAAAGAUACAUUUAUAUUUAUUAAAAAAUAAUAAAUGGUAUUCUAGUUUUAUAUAUAUAUAUCUAUAUACAUAUAUACAAACAUAUACAGAUUUCUUUGAAGUAGUAUCUACAUUUUAUACAUUUUUCUUGAUCUUUUUUACAUCUAAAUAAUUAACAUUUAUGACUUAUAUAUGAUUGUAGAUAUGUAUUAAGAAUAUUAGUGCAGUAUAUCAUCUUCCUUUUAAAAUCGUUUCUAUGUCCUUCAGUAAAGUCAAUUAUAAAAGUACCUUGCAAUGAUUAUUGUUUGUAACUUGUACAACGAUUUUACGCAAUUAGAAUUGCGAUCCUUAAUACGUCAUUGUAUCGAAUAAUUAUCAUAUAAAAUGUACAUUAACAUUGCUGAUGUAAAGAACAUGUAAUAAGCCAUUAUAAUUACAUUAUCGAA